AUGGGAAUCUUUCCAAAGCUGCGCGGUAUUAUUCCAACCCCGCGAGUUCUUCCAGAAGAGCAGCUCUCUUACGAUGGCAGUGAGGCUUCUAUGAGCACUGCGGAUGAACACGAAAAAACGCUGCAUUUGAGCAAAGACGACGGCACUAACGUUGAAGCGGUAGAGAGUGAACCUCAGGAUACGGUUGACAAAGUGCAAAGUGGAAUCCCAUACGAAUUGCGCGACGAAAAGGGCCGCAAAUGGUGGAAAUACUUCGAUGAGUUCGAAUAUCGUGCUAACUCUGAGUACAAGAAGGAGAGGUCUUGGUACACUUUCCUAUACCCAAACCAUACGACACAAACCAAAGCAGAACGUACUUUACUUUACAAGCUAGACUUGAUGAUCGGUCUUUAUUUUUUGAUGCUGUGCUGGUGCAAGUCGCUCGAUACCAACAACUACACUAACGCCUAUUUCUCAGGAAUGCAAAAGGAUCUAAACAUGACCAAAAAUGAUUAUAUUAACACCACCGCCAUAUCUAACGUAGGCGCAAUUGUGUUACAGCUGCCGUUCAUGUACUUUCUCCCCAGAUUCCCUACCCAUCUCAUUUUGCCCAUCAUGGACCUGGGAUGGUCUUUUUUCACCUUUGCGUGCUACAGAGCCAAUUCUUUGGCUGAACUUAGAGCUUACCGUUUCAUGGUGAGUGCAUUUGGUUCCGCGUACUAUCCCGUGUCACAAAUUAUUCUCGGUGCCUGGUAUGCCCCCGAUGAGAUCAGCUCCCGAGUUUGUCUCUUUUUCUGCGGUCAGUUGUUGGGAGGUGUAACUUCAGGAUUGUUGCAAGCCAGAACCUACAAAGAUUUGAAUGGAGUCAACGGUAUUGCGGGGUGGAGAUGGAUGUUUUUGAUUGAUGGAAUAGCCAUUUCUAUUCCUUGCGCUAUCAUAGGGUUUUUCGUUAUCCCAGGUGUUCCUUCAAAGUGCUACUCCUUGUUUUUGACCGACGAAGAAAUCAGGGUUGCUCGUGCUAGAAACAAGAGAGCACAGAUCAAGGAUGCUGUUGACAGGAGUCAAUUGCUGUCUUUAUUCUCUUGGAAAAUAUGGAAAAAGGUGUUUUUUACCCCAGCUUUCUGGGUCCUCGUCGUUUUCGAUACCUGCUCAUGGAACAAUAUGACAGCUUUCAGUGGAAGUUUCUUAUUCUGGCUAAAGUCCGACCACAACUAUUCUGUGGUGACGAUUAACAAUUUGAGCGUGUUGCCUGCGUGUCUUGGAUUUGUCUUCGUGUUUUUAUGCGCCUGGGGUGCAGACUUGUUCCGAACGAAAUGGAUUUUUAUGGUGUUUUCCCAAGCAAUGAACUGCAUUUCUUGUGCAAUCUUGAUCAAAUGGGAUGUUUCUAAUGGUGCGAAGUGGUUCGCGUUUUUGAUAACUUACUUUUCCGUUGCUGCAUCCCCCUGCUUGUGGGCUUUCAUCAACGACUUUCUGAGACUGGACCCUCAGUUGAAGGCAGUGACGUGGAUCGCCAUUUACAGUUUUUCGCAGUCAACUUACGCCUGGGUCCCAACUUUGGCAUGGAAAACAGUGGAGCAACCCCGCUUCAAGACCGGUUACACUGUGAGUUUGAUCUUCUCAAUCGUCUAUGGUUUGUGGACUUUUGUCGUAUUGUACUUCUACAAGAGAAACGAGAAAAAGAACGCCCUGGGCAACGGUAUUAUUCUCUACAACAGUGACCAUGGCGAAGUUCCUCCUACGUUCGUUGAGAACGAAAUGGAGAAAAGAGGUGAAUACUAUUACUUGAAGGAAAAGGAAAAGGUACACAGGGUCAAUUAG